AAGUAUGGUUAACCAAAUUGGACAGAAGAGAUAAAAGCAAAGAAACGCCAAUAAUAAAAGAAUUAAGAGUGGCGAACAGCAACAGAGAAGAGCGUAGUAUCCGAUUCUUGUCAUUUUGGAUAAUAAAAGAGUGCUCCUUGAUUAUCAAUACAUGCUUUAUUUUCGUUCAUGCAUCAUUGUCCGGUUGUCCAUUCGGAUUCAUUUUUUGUGCAUUUGAAAUAACUUAUAUUAAAAUUUCAGUAAUAUAUAAAAUGGCUGAAUUACGUGAAAAAUUGUCCCAGUAUAUAGGGUUCGAGCCUGAAAAGAUCCGUAUCCCAAUCACAGAAGAAGAUAGACAGCUUUUUCAGGAAUUAAUAGCAAUCAAGAGGAGAUGA